CUCUGCUUCUCUCCCCACCACCAUGGACGGCCCAGCUGAGCGCAGCAUUGUCGAUUGGGAUGAGAACGACGUACACAACUGGCUAGCAAAUCUUGGCUACCCGCAGUAUGAAAGUCAAAUUAAAGAACACAGAAUAUCUGGCGAUGUCCUUUGCAUGGUCGACGCUGAAACCCUCAAGAACAUUGGAAUUGCUACCGUCGGACAACGUCUCGCCAUUCUUAAAGCCGUGUAUAUGAUAAAACUUGCCCAUAAUGUUCCGUUAGAAGCCGACGACUACGUACCGCCUUCUGAAGCUCCAGAGCGCUUAGGGGAUGCAACGGUAGAGAAACUCCAUGCCACUGUCAGGGAUCAGGCCGAAAGAUUGCGUAUUUUGGAAGAAGAGAAUCGCAAUAUAAACAUCACUUUGCAAUCAUUCCUUGACGACUACAAUACUUUCAGAGGGUCCAUAGGACGAUCGAUUCAUCAGGAUGAUAACAGUCCUCUACGCCGUCAACCUUCAUUUAAAUGGGCGCAAUAUGUCAAACCUGCCAAGUCGCCAACCAAGGCCGACCUUGACACCCCCCACUCAUCCCCGCAGCAGCUCGAACACGAUAUAGCUCCGUAUACUCGUUCCAACGGACAGCCGCCACCACCAGCCCCUUCCACUUCCUCAGCACCGGAGAAGUCGCGGUCAGGUUCCUCCUCCGAGUCCCCUAAUCCGAGCCAAUCUGUGACGAAGCCGUUACGGCAGGAGAGUUCGGACAAUUUGAAGAGCUUCAAGGUCAGUCUAGACGAUCCAACAUGGAAGGUCCUUCCGGCCGCAUUGAAGAAAUACCGCAUCAAUAAUGAUAACUGGGAAAACUAUGCUAUGUUCAUAUGUUUCGGGUCCGCAGGCAAUAGGAUAGAACGUUGUCUAAGCUACGACGAAAAACCCUUGCUUCUCUUCCAAAAGUUGAAGGAGGGCAAGAAAAACCCCGUCUUUAUGUUGAAGCACAUUAAAGAUAUCCGUUCACCAAUAGUUGUUGCUCAACAGAAGCACGCUGCUCGGAAAGCCUCGUCGGUUAUGUCCAAUGACGGAACAGCCACCGGACCCAGUCACGGGAAGCCCUCACGUCCAAUAACACGGCCACCGAAGCUUGAGGUACAAGAUCUUUCAGCGCCUGCUCCACUACCUACCGGUUUGAGCGGUUUGAGCCCUCAGCCAGGAUGGCCGGAACCUGGCAUAGCCUCGCCGUCUGUGGACCCAAGACUUGGCGAAGAUGCACUAGCACCAGGAUCGGCUACCACACAGAAUACAUUACAAUCAACGAACUCAGCGAUGACCGGAGCAACCGUCGUCGCCAGCUCAAAUGGACAUGAUGGUGUUAAGGUGCCAACAGAGCAACCUCACAGUGGGCGAGAAUUACCAGUCGCUUCAUCUGGAGUAUCAUACGCAGUAGCGAUAUAUCCCUACAUGGCAGAACAAGAGGACGAAUUUGAUGUCGUUGUAGGUGACACCUUCGUUAUACUCUCACGAGCUCGGGGCUGGUGGGUCGUGCAACGGGAUCCUACAGGUUCCGGGAUCGUGGACACGGAUAUUGUCAAGCAAGGAUGGGUACCUGCAGGCUGUCUGCUGGAAACUAACGUUCCCGUGGCUUCCGCUAUUGCAGAGGCUACGGCCGCCAAGAGCAGCACAGCUAUCGUUGGAGGUUCGCCACCAUCGACUCCGGUAUCGAAGACGCCUAUUCUUCCGCUGAGCAUUAUUUCGACAAGUUUUCCGGGAGUCGCGUUAAUGGACUACAAGAAGAAGGGAGAAGAGGAACUGGACUUGGCAAAAGACGACGCCUUGCGCGUCUUCAAGCGAUAUAACCAUUGGUCUUACGCUGUCAAAGAAGAAGGAGGUGAUCGUGGUUGGGUGCCGUCAUGGUUCAUUGGGAAGGUCGCAACUAGUGGUGUUCAGCCGGCCACCCCAAGCACUAGCGCACCUGCUCCUGUAUCACUGGACGAUACUAACGGACAACCAUCGCCAAUGUCGUCUGCAUUUCCUCCAGUCCAACAACGGAGCACGGCGGCAGUAAUUUGACCCAUCCGUAUUCACUAUUCACUUUCGCUGGGUUUUUGGUUUGCUCUCGGUUUUUUUACGUUCCUAACGCUAUCUCUUUUGUUUUUGUCAUAUAUUUACGCACUUACAUUGUAUUUUAAAUGCAGUCCUCGUCGUUUCGGAGCUUUGCUCCCUGGUCAUUCUUUAUUAACUCUCUUGAAGCGUAAUUAUGGGUCCGGAUCCGCUAUCCUCAUUCUAUCGGCGCUUGGGCGCCUGAGCGCCUGACUGCUCGCAAUGGACACCAUGGCUUCAAUGUACCUGUAUCAAAUCUGCUUUGUGCAGCCUGUACGUUACUACUCGACUACCUACACACUCGCUGCACUGCACCAAAUAUUAUGGGAGCACGU